CAACCUAACUCAUCAAAAAAAUAAGUUUUUAAUUUAUUUAACAAUGAAAUACUUAUUAUUAUCAAUAAUUAUUUUUAUAAACAUAUUAAAAUUAACAGAAUCUCACAAUAAAUACUCAGCGGAAGCGAAUCAACCCGAUGCGGCGAAAGCCUUAAAAAACUUGGAAAAUCCUUUUCGGAUGCAAAAAGUUAAUCUUCUUUGGAAUAAAGCACGAGUAAGAUUAAGUGAUCCUAAACUCAAAUCGUUAUACACAUCAUUAAAAGUUCAUGAUAAAGAAGAGUUAACCUUAAAACAUGUUAGAUCGGAAGGUGGUGAUAAAGAUGGGAUGAAAGAAGCGGAGUUACGAAAAAAGUUCAUAUCGAUAAUGAGCCAAUACGGACUUUUAGACUAUUUGGAUGAAGCCGCGAAAAAUGAACGAGGAAAAGCAUCUAAAUAUGUCAAUGAUGAUAAAGCGAUAAAUAAAAGUUUGUUUAAAGAUAAAAAAUUGAACAAACUUUGGUCUAAAAUUGAAACGGCAGGAUUUUCUACCUUAGAACUUGAUGUUUUAAAAGAGGAAUUUGAACAUCACCAAGAUAAAAUCGACCAAUAUUACACGUUAUUAAGCGAUGUUAAAGAGAAAAAUGGCAAAAAAGAUGAUAGCCACGAAAAUUCUGUUGAUGAUUUAGAUAGGUUUAACACUUUAGAACUUGGUGAAGAACCCCCGAAAAAGGAUUAUCUCGAUAAAACUAAUUUAGUUAGGGAUAAACACACGGAAUUAAAACAAGGAUAUGAUCGACUACAACUUUUAGCAUACAAAGGUCCAAAUAGUAAAGAAUUCAUUGAACCUAAAGUGCAAGAAUUGUGGAAAGUUGCUUUGGAGGCGAAUUUCACUCCGUACGAAUUGGAAUCAUUGCGAGUCGAGUUGUUGCAUUACGAAAAUCGAUUAUUAAAAUUACGACAUAUGCAAGCGGAAGCUGCUUUAAAUGCGGAUCAUCGAGCUGAAAAGAUUAAAAUCCACGGGGAGAAAACGGAUGGGAUGAUUAUGAUGGAAGAAAACAUUAAGAAGCAAGGGAGAAAGGUUGAAAAAAUUCAUUUAGAUUUAGAAACGAAAAUUAUGCAGAAACGCAUUGAGCUUUAAAAAUAUUUCUAGUUUAAAAUUAAUUUCUUAAGAUUAUAGGUUAUGUGUAUGUAGCAAUAAAAACUUGAAAAAUAUA